AUGAAGUACACCACUGCUGCUACCCUCCUCCUCCUCACCCAAGGAGCCUAUGGCUUGUUCCGUGAUCAGAGCACCAAGAAGGAUCCUUCCCAGUCGCUGCGUAAACUGGAAGAGGGAAUGGUUUGUGAGCUUGACCAUACCUUGGCUAGAUCUGCCGACACUGAAGUCAGUGUCUACGUGAGGUCCUACCCAGGAGACGGAGAAGGGCUCUUUGACAUCACCGUGAGCAAGCAGCCUUGGGCACCUCCAGGUGGCAGUGUGACAAAUCCUGGUUGGUGUGUUGAUUACGACCGUUUCAUUAGUACUGGUACCUACAGCAUGGAUAUCUUUAGUGCAUUUGACUCUCAGCUGCACUACCAUAACAAUGAUCCCAACAAGCGUGCCGUCGAUAAGCGCGAGAAUCUCCCCAAUUUGGCGUGGAUGAUCAACAACAUCAAUGUGGGAGAUAAAAUCAACACCAAGGUACCAGGCUACGGCAACAGGAAGUGUAAACGGACAAUCAAUAUGAAAGACAUGCAAGGUGCUGUUUGGCGCAUCAUUGAUAAUAACAAUGGAGAAAGCUGGCUUGGAGGUUCUAACAAGGACUGUGCCUCUGAGUGGAUCAAGAAUCAAGCCAUGGCCUAUGGAAAUGGAUAUGAACCUGAUUGCACGGAUCCUGAUGAACUUGUCCCCCUCAUCUAUGUUGUGGACACGGACUCGGGUGGUACCAACGCUGGAACUAUCACCAACCAAGUCAUCAUGUCGGAAUCCAAGCUGUCUUCAAUUGAAGGCAUGUUGGACUAUGUUGAAGGCGAAUGGCACCGUGCUUCCAUUGCUGGAUUCAUGGUCCGGUACAAACAAAGCAGUCCAUCUGUGAGGGAAGCCGCCAUCUAUGUCGAUGGGCCCAAGGAGAAGAUCGCCUUCAAGACAUUCAAGUCCUUUGUGCGCAUUGAUGUGGACUGGAAUGAAUCCAAAAACUAUGGUGGUUCCUUGGGAUUGUUGGGAAGCUAUGACCAUGAAGGAGCCCGUUUUGGACGUGACGGAAAGACUCUCAUCAAGAACUUCCGCCAGUUUGGACAGGAAUGGCAAGUUGAGGACUCGGAACCCAGACUCUUCCAUUCCUACGAAGGUGCUGUGGUCAACCGGAAGUGUGUCAUGCCACCCACAUACACUAAAAAGGCCACCUCCAUUAGGCAAAAGCGCCGUUUGGCAGAAUCGGGAAUGACCUAUGAAGAUGCUGAAGAUGCCUGCAACCACUUGAAGGAUCCUGAAGAAAUCAAGUCCUGUGUCUAUGAUGUGAUUGCCACUCAAGAUUUGAGCAUGGCCAGUGCCUGGUAA